ACUCCCAUACCAAGCAGACCACUCUCAAAAACAACACAAUAUAAGCCCUCCAUAGUUCCUCGCCGUGCACAUCUCGCCAUGGGUUCACUCGUUUCCCAAAUCCCCCGUACAACAAAAACCGUCUCGUGAAGAUUCACAAACAAGCAGCACACCAUGGCGACAGCCAUUCACUAGUAGGAAAAGUUUUCAUAAGCCCACACACGGCCUUUCCCCCCAAAAUUUCCUCUGCCAUGUUUCUCUUGUGUUAUGUACUCUUCCUACCUAUCUCUCCUCCAUCUCAUCUUUCACUUUGUAUCUCCUCCACGUGACCUUUCUCGACCCUAUCUUCACCCUCCAUCACAGCAUUCGUUCAGUGCUUCUGAAGCUUCAAGUCUUCGUUUUGGUCGUUCGAACCUUCUCUAAAGAUUCUCUGUAGUCUUUCAAAUGUCUUCUUCUCUGAAAAGAACCUUGUCUUGGUCGUCGGAUCUUCCGACGCGUCCUUCGAAACGGAUGGCGCAGGAGAUGCCCGAAGAUGAUGCUAUCCUUUCUUCGGAUGAAUAUGAUUCAGACAUCAUGGAUUUUGAGCGUGACGAACCUGUCCAUCCUUCUAGCGAGGACGAGUACAACGAGAACGGUCUUAAUCUUAUGUUGCCUGAAGUAGUCAGGUCCCAGUUGCCAUGUGGUCCUCGAUCUCCUCGGACCCAGCUCGCUUUGCAUCUCCCUCCCCUCCAUGACCUCAACGACAUCUAUAAGUCGAUCACAGAAAAGGCAGUGGAGCUGGGAUUUGACCGUGUAUUGUCCCAUCUGGGCUCAAGACGCCUUCGCAUUGCGACUGUCUGCUCCGGCACCGAGUCCCCUAUUCUGGCUUUAGAAAUGGUUCAGAAACAUCUGCAGGAGCAGUUCAAUAUGACUUUCGAAUUCCGUCACAUCUUCAGUGCUGAGAUCGACCCUCUCAGACAGGCGUACAUCCAGCGAAACUUUCGUCCACCUCGCCUCUUCCGUGAUGUGAGGGAACUCAAUCGUCGUGUAGCUCAAACAGCGUAUGGGUCUUUGGAAAAGGUUCCCAAAAAUCCUGAUAUCUUGGUUGCCGGUUUUUCAUGCGUUGACUUCUCGAAUCUGAAUAACAAACGGAAAACACUUGAUGAUAAAGGUGAGUCGGGAGGGACUUUUUGGGCCAUUAUCCGGUACGCAAAAGCCUAUAGGCCUCCCUUGAUUAUACUCGAGAAUGUCAAGAGCGCCCCAUGGAAAAGAAUUCAGACGUACUGGCAGGACAUCGAAUACCAUGCCACUCACCUCGACGUCGACACAAAGGCAUACUAUCUGCCACAAACACGGGAGCGAGGAUACAUGCUCUGUGUCGAUAAGAAAGCCACGGACAAGGAUGAAUCUUCACGGUUCCAAAUAGGUCGUUGGUCACGCACCAUGACUGAAUUCAGGCGCCCCGCUAGCUCUCCAGCCGGCAUGUUUCUUAUUGACGCAGAUGACAAGAGGCUCGAACAAAUUGAGUCCGAUAUGGCGACACGCGCAAAGCUGGCUCGUAAACCGGUAAACUGGGACAAAUAUCAGGCCCGCCAUCUGUCUUACCGUCAGGAUAACGCUCUCGGUGACAAACGCCCAGUAAGUAAAUCGCAGGACGAUGGUAGCUGUCGUAUGCCCGACUUCUGUUGGAGAAAAUGGAUGGCGUCCUUGCCAGAGCGCAUUUGGGAGACUUUGGACAUGAACUUCCUGCGCAAGAUGGCAGAAGGUUACGACAUGCACUUUAAGGAGAGAUGCAUCGAACUCUCACAGGGGAUCGAACGUGAGAUAGACGUACGGGCCCCAGGAAUCGUUGGGUGCAUCACUCCAGCCGGUAUCCCAUAUAUUUCGACCAGAGGCGGCCCUCUCUGUGGUCUCGAGUCGUUGGCAUUGCAAGGCCUGCCCCUCGACCGACUUCUACUAACACGUGAAACCCAGCGUGAGUUGCAAGACCUUGCAGGAAAUGCAAUGACCUCUACGGUCGUCGGUGUAGCGAUACUUUCUGCAUUGAUCAACGGACAUAGGAUCCUAAAGCCAGGCCAAGGCGCACCCAUCGGAAAAGUAUCAUCUCGCAAAAACCACCGUGUUCUGCCUCAAGACGGUCAUAUGAUGACACCACAUGACAUACAGCUCACCUGUGCUGCUCGCACCGAUAUUUCGCAACUCCAGAUGCGGGCAGCAAGCAGUGCAAGAUACUGCGUCUGCGAGAGACAGACCAACAUAAGCUCGGGUAUCUUGAGAUGCACCUUAUGUCACCACACGGUCUGCUCCGAGUGUGCAGGUAACCCUUCACAUGCUUUCGAACGCUAUGAUGAUCUCCACCGCACCAUGCCGUUGGACUUUGUCAGUGAACUCAAUCGUGAUUUGCCAGCUAGAUUAGUGAUUUCUGGCAUUUCUUCAGAUUGUUAUGCGUCUUUGGCUCGCGACACGUCGCUGAAUUGUCCUGCGUAUGUCUGGAAAGAAUUUUUGGAUAUAAUUGAGCCAGCUGUAGGCGAUGAACUCCGGAUCCUGACUAUCAAGCGGAGCGAGAUCUGGACCAUCCAAUAUGAAGGCAAACACUCUUUCUUACGUCUGUUGAUCAGUGCGUCCGGCAUUGAAUGGAAUUUGUUUGCCAAACCUCCAAAGGACACUCCUGCACUUUGUCUGAUACGAGAGAUCCUGUCUAAGCCCAUUGCUCGCAUGAUACCUGUGUCUGCGUCACUUAUGGAGGGAAAUUGGGAAAUCUGUGGGCCUCUGAGCUCCAGACGGACGCUGUAUUUCUCCGGAUCUGGCGAGAAAGUCGAGUCUUAUGAAGUUGAAUGCGGCCUCAAUACUGCAGAGGUUGAUGGAACAGAUCGUUGGGCGGAAAUUCAAGUUGAAGGUCCCGAUUCAGCGGUGGCGGGCCUAGAGGCAGACAUCCGGGGGACGUAUGAUCUUCUGCCAGACUGCGGUACGGCACACGCUUCACUGCACAAAAGAUCAGCUGGUGAGUACGAUCGCCCGGUAUUCCUCUUCCUGGACCCGACGAAGCUCGGGGAUGCAAACAAAGAUUUCUUCGUAUUUGCCUGGGACCAUGAACGUGUUCGCGGUUACGAACAGAGAAAGACCAUCGCAGAGGUGUCCCACUCAUGGCGUUCACCCAAAGCCAGCGAGGUUCCACAGCCCGUUCACAUCUACUUCCGUCAAUGGAUUAGAGCACCCAAGGUGGCCCUGAACCUGUACCUCCCUGGCGCACCUAUCUCAUGCCAAAGGUUGAAUGAGGCGACCAACAUCACGAUUUCCCGAUCAGGGUGUCAUGAGGCUAAUAUUCCUUUGCUCUCGUUUAAAGCAGAACCAGCAGCCAUGGAGGUGCUUUGGAAGAAAGAAUCGUGGGAGAUCAUAAACCCAAUAGACUCACCAUCCUUGCUUCAGGACCUCUCUUGGCUCCUACAGAAAGCGGCAGUCAUCUCAGGCUUUGAGGACUGGAACGCAGUCUCUGACACUGACACCCCUGGUGAGGACGGUAACUCGACAUGCACAUGUGUGCCGCUGAAACCGCGCAUAAUAUGGGGCCGUGACAAUAGAGGACGGAUCAUGGCCUAUGAAGAUCCAUACGAUGCAGCUCUCUAUGAGCGCCAGGCGAAAGCAAGACCCCCGCCGUUCCUGAUCUUCCGAAAGAUCGAUGAGCAGGGCCUAGCUGACUUGCGCGUCACUCUCAACGUCCAGUACCUAUUGCAUCAGGCGUAUGAUAAGUUGGUGCAAAAUAGUAUUGUCAAAGACGUGUCGUUUCACUGGCGCCUGGUCCCGAAUUCGUUCGAUAGUAGAAACGCCAUGUUUCCCAAGUUCAAGCUUACAGACAACAAGUCUGACGUCGCAGUUCCACAGCCGCCUAACUUCCGUCUGGCUCUGCGGCCGGAGCAACUGAGAUCACUAUCGUGGAUGGUCCGGCAAGAAGAUGAUGAUGUCCCACCGUUCACGGAAGAAGAGACGGAGGAGGCGCUGCUUCCAUCGUUGAUGUGGCGCGCAGAGGGGCGAGUCACCAGUCAGAAGGCUAUUCGAGGUGGUGUCAUAGCUGAUGAUGUUGGUUACGGGAAAACAGCCAUCACCUUAGGCUUAAUCGAUACGCAGCAUGGAAGGGAGUAUCUGCCAACCCCUGCGGAAAUUGACGGGUUUAUCCCGUGCAAGGCAACUCUUAUUGUUGUGCCGCAAAUUAUGAUCCAGCAAUGGCAAUCUGAAAUCUCCAAGUUUCUGGGUUCUAGAUUGAAGGUCUUGGUAUUCGCACAGGCGAGUUCAUUCGCAAAAGUGUCCAUAAGUGACGUUCGGCGGAGUGACAUCAUUCUAGUAUCCUGGUCAAUCUUUAACAACCCAGCAUACUAUGAAAAGCUCCAGAAAUUCACAGGCACUCCUCAGGCUCCCAAAAAGGCAGGGCGAAAUUUUGACGCAUGGUUUAAAGACGCUCAAGUCGCACUGAAAGAGCAAGUCCGAAUUUUGACCAGCCAGGGUCCAAGCGCGCUUCUCGCGUCGAUUCGUCUUAAGCGACAAACUACCAAGGGUUCUCAAACACAUCUCACAUAUUGCCCGUCCCGGCGCCUCCGUGGUAGUCAGUACGUCAAAGGCAACCACGCGUCAGAACAAGAGGGCCAUGAGGUAUUGGCGGAGAUAUCGAGUGGUGAGGAUACCGAGACAGAAAGCGAAACCGACACCCAGAUGCUGAGAUCGAAAACGGACCAGUACCUCAAAAUCCAGAGUCAUGAAAAAGAUGAGUCGGUUGAGGAACCUGCAUUAGAAUCAGACGAUGACACUCAAUAUGAAGAUUCUACGACGGAGGACAAGCAAGUCCGACCAGGUCUUCCCAAAACAGCUGGCCGAAAGGCGAAAAAGUGGGACGAUCGAAAGGUGUUCAACAUAAGCAAAAGCAGAAUUCAGGAUUGGGGGGCCGUCAGAACCCCGUUUCUUCAUAUGUUCUCUUUUGAUCGUCUUGUCAUAGAUGAAUUCACAUAUGCAGACCCGGAAAGGCUCAGCCCGCUCCUCUCACUCAAAGCUCGAUCGAAAUGGGUACUGUCAGGGACACCGCCUCUCAAUGAUUUUGCCGACGUCAAUGGCAUUGCACCUUUUCUCAAUGUGCAUCUCGGAGUAGACGAGGAUGACCGUCGAUUACAAAACAAAUAUGUCAAACUGCGACUCAAGCAGCGCUCUGCUGCGGAAGCGUUCCAAUCGUUACGGGCACCCUAUAGCCAAAUCUGGCACGAACGUCGACACAAGUUAGCCCAGGGAUUCUUGGACCGGUUUGCACGGAGAAAUGUUGCUGAUAUUGACGAGAUCCCAUCGUCAGAGCACAUAAUUGUGGUCCAGCAAUCACCGGCAGAACGAGUAAUCUAUCUGGAACUCUGGAGGCAGAUUAUGACAUACAACCGCCAGCUCCGUCGAAGUGGCCGAGGAAGGUUCAGCAGUGACCAAGCCAACCGGUUGGACGAGAUUAUUGGAACAAGUUCAACGGCCGAAGAGGCGUUGCUCAAACGUUGCUCAUCCCUAGCGCUUCAUGGUCGAUGGAACGAAGACGGCGAGCCGGAGCUAACAACAUGCGCAUCCCUGAUCGCCACCAGGGAGGAACAGCUCAAUGAUCUCAAAGACGAAUUGAAUAUGGAAUUGAAGUUGGCAGCGUGGCUUUACUGCCGUUUUGAAUUUGAUUGUGAGCACCUUUACAAGUUCAUCGAAAAGUUCUUCGAGGACGAUUUCGGUGAUAUGGCCAUCACCCGAGAAGUUUAUUCUUUCUUGAGAAAAGCAUUCGAUGCAUCGGACGCUGAUGACUGGGUGUACUUCUUUGAUAUUCCUGAAGAGCAAGUGCCAGGCGAUAAAAGCAGCUCGUCUGAUGCAGAAAACGAUAGCGAGAGCAGUGAAUCGGUGGCCAACGAUGACCUCGAUAAUUCUUCCAAGCCCAAGGUCGCCAAGCAGAGCAACCAGCGAACCCAGGCCAAGAAAACCAGCGGCAGUAAGCAUUCUGGAAAUGACGACGAUGACACAGACGUUUCGCUUCCCAAGAAGCCCGAGCGAGCUUGCGAAGCCGAACCAAUUCUGAGAGAAGCCAUAACAGCCAUCCAAAGGCUCAUCGGGGAAUGGGCACUGCGCAAAAGCGGCAUUAGGUUUCUCUCAGCUGUGCAGCUUCUGCUAACAGGUGCUGGACUUCCGCAAUGCAAUGGUUGUUGCUGCGGGUUGCAAGGUAUCGAGGACACAAAUGUCUCAGGAUCGUGCGGCCAUACUCUGUGCAAGGAUUGCGCUUCAAAAACGUUGGCAAAAGAGGAGUGUAUUGUGUAUGGAUGUCACGGCCCAAUUAAGAAGUUCAAUAUCAUCGCAGGAUCCAUGCUCGGAGAGGAUAGCGUCGAUGAGAGUGCAGAAUACGGCGGCAGCAAGUUGGACAAACUGAUUGAGAUCCUCAACGGGAUCCCCAACGACGAGCGGGCCCUCGUCUUCAUACAAUAUCCCGAGCUCAUCAAAGUCGCGUCCAAGGCACUGGAUCUCGCCCAGAUAAAGCACACGGCGAUCUUAGCGACAGACCGCAAGUCAAUGCAAAAGAUCGCAGAGUUCCAAGAGGCAAGCUUGCAGGAAGACAAAGUGUUGAUCCUGAAUCUUGGAGGGGAGAUGGCGGCCGGAUUGAAUUUUCAAUCGGCAAAUCACGUUAUUUUUCUAUCUCCUAUGAACGCCGAGACACAGUAUGAUUAUGAGUCCGCAAUGACCCAAGCCAUCGGACGGUCCCGGCGUUAUGGGCAAAGGCGUCACGUUCACGUCUAUCACCUACUGGCCAAGCACACGAUAGACGUGAACAUCUUUCAACAACGCCGAGACAAGAUAUUGAUAGAAAGGGACGGCAAGGCCGAGCUCGUGGCUCACGGAGAAGCCUUGGAUGGUAAGGUGAUCAAGUGUGAGGGGCCGCCCUUGGUUUUUAACGACGCGUUUGAGUGUUUGGAAAAUCUCGUGCACACCGCAGCCCAGAAACAGGAUCAAGGGUAUGGAUACUGA